UGUGACAGUAUUUUAGUUGUGCCUAUCUGUGACUCAGCAUCUCUGCUAUAUGGAACAAACAAAGGCAUGGAAGGAGAACAUCAAAUACCCUUCUCAGUCAGUCCAAAGGAAGGAAGUCUAGAACCAAACCAAGAGAUGGAGUGUUGUAUUAAGUUUUCACCUAGCCUCCUGUUCGAAUAUAAAUCCACAUUAAUCUGCAGGGUAUUAAAUUGCCAGCCGGACAUGGAAAAAAAAUGUGUAGUAAUACAUGGCAGUACCCUAAUGCCAGUCUGCCAUUUCCAAAUUGAAGAAUCUGACUACCUGAGUAGUGGAAGGCGAAUACCUUCCUUGCCAGCUCCAUGCAGAAUAGGAAAUGACAUUUCCUUUGUACCAGGAGCUCCACUAAACUCUGACACAAAAGUGAUUGAAUUCAAAAGCUUUGGUUCUGGACACCCAUGUGUACGGUAUGAGAGAUGA